UUUCAACCUGAGUAAUUCUAUGAAAUGCAGACAACAAUCCCAUUUGUAUUUUUUUCUAGACGGACAGCAGAGCAUGCUUCUUUUAUUUAAUUCUGCAAGGCUGGAGGUGCUGCCGAUGGGAAAUCAAAAUGGAGCUGUAGCUGGAGUUAGAAAAAAGCACAGUGCAUCCAGCUGUUAUUCAGGGUCUUUCAUGAAACUGGCAUCCAAGGAGGCUUCCAAAACCUUCCGUCUGCUGCCAUGUCGGCUUCCUGCUUUGUGGGAGUGGCACAUGGAGGAAUUCCCUGAGCCUCGACCCUCUGCCUUGACGAGAUCCAAGUCUAACAAAUUGUCACAGGUUACCUAGAUUUACCUGUGGCCAUGACAGGGGCAGCCACCAUGGAAUCCACCAGGGCACGCUGGCAGUCCUAUGGGCGGUGCAGGGGAAAGGCAUUGUGACAUCACAGAGCAGGGCGUGCCAUCAGACUUAGUCAUGUCACGCUGGCAGCCUCCCCCAGCUCAGACUCGUGGAGCAGCCGCUCCGUCCUGGUGGUCACAGCUGGAGCUCUGCUCUGGGUGACAGCCAUUUGUGCGUUGAGAUUGUUCUUUGCGAGAGAUCAGGAUGAAUCUCAGCCUGGCUCUCCUGCUGGCCAUGGCUCUGACCAUGUCUCCAUUUGUGGGACAUGGCUCUGGCUAUGCCAGCUAUCUCAGCUGGGUCUGGAAUCGGGACCCAAAAGAGAAUGUUCCUGAGGAGCAGCAUCCGGUGGAGACCAAGACCCUGACCUCCACUUGGCCCUGCUGGUUUGGCCUGACCUCCUGCCCUGUCAGGACGGAGGACAGGAAGAAAACCCAGGUACUUCCUCAGGAGCAGCAUCCAGUGGAGAACAAGAUCCUGACCUCCACUUUUUUGUGUUGGUUUGGCCUGACCUCCUGCCCUGUCAGGGUUGAGGACAGGAAGAAAAACCAGGUACUUCCCCACGAACAGCAUCCAGUGGAGAACAAGAUCCUGACCUCCACUUGGCCAUGUUGGUUUGGCCUGACCUCCUGCCCUGUCAGGGUUGAGGACAGGAAGAAAAAUCAGGUCUUUCCUCAGAAGCACCAUACGGAGGAGACCAAGAGCCAGACCUCCAGCUGGCCCUGUUGGUUUGGCCUGACUUGCACCAAGGGAAAUGAGGGCAGGAAGACAAAUCAGGUCAUUGCUGAGAAGCAGCGUCUGGUGGACACCAAGAAAAGGCUCUCCACAUGGUCCUGCUGGUUUGGCCUAACCUCCUGCCCCGUAGCAACUGAGAGCAGGAAGACAAACCAGGCCCGUCCUGAGGAGCAGCAGAUGAAGACCAAGAGCCAGACCUCCACCCAGCCCUGCUGGUUUGGCCUGAUUUCCUGCCCCAUCAAGAUGGAAGACCGGCAGAACAACCAGGUCCUUACCAAGGAACAGCAUCCAGCGCAGGCCAAGAUCCUCACCUCCUUCUGGCUCUGCUGGCUUGGCCUGGACGUCUGCCCCAAAAUCACAAAGGGUGGCAAUAAGAACCAGGUCCUUCCCAGCGAGCAGGAUCCAGUGAAAACCAAGAUCCUGACCUCGUACUGGCCCUGCUGGCUGGGUCCUUCCCAGUGCCCUAAAUGGGUCUGGUUCAGAGGCAGCAAGGCCUACGUUCCACAGGGCCCAAAGCAGCAGUCCCUGAACACCAAGCAGAAGGCCUACAGCUUGCCUGGCAUCCUGGGACACCUUUGGGACUAUUUUGUGCUAGGAGGGAGAACCUGGCUCAUUACAGAUGCCUUGAUAACUGUCUGCAUUGUCCAGCUCCUGAAGAAUGCCUUUUUCCUUUGGAGAAGAUUAAGAACUGGGGAACAGGGACCGGGAGAUACAGACUCAGAUUCCUCGGAAACUGAGUGGGAUGAAGUGGACAACAUGGAUCUUAACGACUUGCUCCAUGGGAUUGACGCCGAACUUGACAAAAUGGUGCGAUAUUUAACGAUCCUCAGGCAGCGCCACCAGAAUCCAUUCAGGUGCCAGCAGAGCAUCAAUAUGAUGGAUGUCGACGGGGAUUGUUAGAGACCCUCCGCAGACUCCUCUUGAAGCUCAACUCAUGACCUGAAGAAUGUUUAGAAAGAUUCCAAGUGCUGCAUAAUUCAAACUGAUCCAGUUUCCUCCUUCCACCCUGCUCUGCAGUCAGCAACGAGAGACAUCAUUUUAUUUUCAUUCUUUUAUUUUUUUGUUGCUUUUUCCCUUCAUAUACAGUACUUAAAAAACGAGAUCACCUUCACAUCAGUCAUGUACCAUAUUUAUUAACAGGGAAAAAAAAAAUCCACAAGGAAUUAUCUAGGUUUCACUCAAGACUGAUUUACAGGAUAAAUAAUUGUUUCCUAUUACAUUAAAAAAAACCAACCAACUAAAUGACAACAAACUAAAUAAAUUAAUUAACUUAA